UACCCAUUCGUCCAAUUGUUCUGAGUAGGCAGGCGUUCUUUCUGUGUCAUAAGUCAUAUUUGUGCUUUCACCACGAAAACAUGGCGACAUUCGUUUGCCUGGUUGAAUUACACUGAGCACUGAGUAGUAUUCUUUCAGUGUAUAUUUUGUGGUGUUUUCAAAGCAUGAUCAUGGUGCUGGUGCUGGGUGAAAAUUUUGGUAACAUCUAGAAAAGCAGAAAAGUGUGGUUUACCUUUUCUUUAUAAACCUUCUCUUACUUCCCGUGAUUCUGCAUCUUCAGCUGAUUGACCUGCUGGACAGUAGUUCUUUUGAGUUUGAUAUAACGUUUAUUCAAAAUGAACACCGAAGAUUUUCCCGACGAAAGUGAUUCCAGUGAUGAAGAUUACAUUCCAGAUGAAAAACAAGAGGUAGUUUCAGAAGUUGAGUCAGAUGGUGACCCAGAAGACAACUUCUCUGAUCCAGAGGAUCUUAAGAAGAAUACGAAAGGGCGGAAGAAAGGAAAAACGAAGAAAAAAGAGACAGUGAAGAGUAAAGAAGCACAAUGUGGACAUUCUACUCAAGAUAAACAAGGAGAGUCAAAAAUAAAUGAAGAAAAAAAGAAGAAAGAAGAAGACCUUUGGGCGGACUUUAUGAAAGACACUGGUUUCAAGCCAAAAAAUAGGACUGUUGAUUCAACUUCCAGACAUGUUACUAGUACUUCAACAUAUAAUGAUAAAAAAGUGGUUAGUGCCCUUGAGAAGAAGCCAUUACAUAAACCAGUAGAGAAAGUAAAAGUUACACAAGUAUUUGAGUUUGCCGGUGAAGAAGUAACUGUAGAAAAAGAGGUUCCAGUUGAUUCUGCAGAAGCAAGGCUAUUGAAGGCUGCUGAUAAGGAAGCUCCAAAAACAAGUAAAGGAAAAAGAUCUGCAGGCCUAAGUGGCAUCAAUAAUGUAUUAAGUCAGCUGACUAAGAAGCCUAAGAUAAGUACCUUAGAGAAAAGCAAGCUAGAUUGGGAUAAGUUCAAAAAGGAGGAGAAUAUUGAUGAAGAGUUACAAACCUUCAAUAAAGGAAAGGAUGGGUAUCUAGACAGACAAGACUUUUUAGAAAGAGCAGACUUGAGGAGAUUUGAGAUAGAGAAAGAAAUACGCGCCAUAGAGAGAAGCAAGCGAUUUAGUAGCACUCUUUAAUUACACUUAUUAUGUGGAGUAUUUUAUGUAUUUAUUAUUCAUAUAUUUUUUACAUUCCCCAAAAACGCUCGUUUUUUACAAUGACAUUUAUAGCAUCAUCUUCCACUUGUCAAUAUUAAAAAUUAGUAUUGUUAGUUCAGACUGUUUCUUUGAAAAUAAUUACAAUACUCGCAAUAUACAAGCCUUAAACAUU